AGAAGAAGAGUGGAUCCUCUCGCUUCGCCUCUUCCUCUAUGCUGAUAGCUAUUGUACCUCUUUGGUAGUUGCUAACUAGCGGUUCUUAGCGUCAACGUUAACAAGCUUCAUCGAAGGUCCAAGAAGUCUUAAUUCCAGGUCACAGUAAUUAGUGCUGCUAGCUACAUAAACACAACUGACUGGAAUCCACACGAGCUCCGGUGUGUGAGUAUUCCAUGAUCAGAUCAACAUAAGCUGAUUUGUUAUUAAUCACAGCAAUUAAGAUGGGGAAAUUAUCAUUUGUGCGGGAGUCAAUGUCAGACUCGAUCAAAUAACGUAUAGUUGUGUUCUGAAUCUGUCCAUGAAGAGUGUUCCAUCUACAUUUAUUUUCCAUUAGCAGACAAUGUCUUUGGCUCGGAUAUUGUGCCGUUUAAAUGGCUAUUUGCAACCCAUAUCGAAAGCACGGGCUCCUUUAGUCUCUGGAUUCAUACGAACCCAGAAUGAAGUGAGACGUUGGCAGCAUAAUGCUCCACAAUCGACGAGUUGUCACUGGCAGCUUCAGGAAGACUGCCUUGAGCUCAGCUAUGGAGGGCUUGUGAUGCACUUUGCCUAUGUGUGGCUACGGGAUCAUUGCCAAUCUGCCUCCUGCUUCAACAGCAAGACCAACCAGAGGAACCUGGAUACAGCAAAUGUGGAGCUAAACAUACGUCCUGCCAACACCAGGGUGGAUGAUGAGAAUAUCUUCCUCACAUGGCCUGAUGGUCAUGUGACAAGGUACAACCUGAACUGGCUGGCUCAGAACAGCUAUGAGGUACAGAAGCAGAGUGCCAUGCAGCCACACAUCAUCUGGAACUCUGAUAUCUAUACCAGUGCCAAGGUGCCCUCUGCUAACUGGGACAUGUUUAUGAGCUGUGAUGAUGAACUGAAAAAGUUCCUUGGGGGCUUUCUGCUGUACGGCAUUGCUUUUGUGGAGGGUGUCCCGCCGACUGUUGAGGCCACAGAGACUCUUACCCAGAGGGUCAGCCUCAUCAGGGAGACUAUGUAUGGCAAGAUGUGGAACUUGACAUCCGAUUUCUCCCGAGGAGAUACUGCCUACACCAAACUGGCACUGGACCGUCAUACAGACACCUCAUACUUCCAGGAGCCAUGUGGGAUCCAAGUGUUCCAUUGCCUUAGGCAUGAGGGAACAGGAGGAAGGACACUACUUGUAGAUGGAUUCUAUUCUGCUGACAAAGUGCUCCAGAAGACCCCUGAGAACUUUGAUCUGCUAGCACGGGUUCCUAUCAAGCACGAGUACAUUGAAAAUGCCAGCGACCACCGUAACCACAUGAUCGGCAUUGGCCCUGUGCUCAACGUGUAUCCCUGGAACAAUGAGGUGUACAUGAUCCGAUACAAUAACUACGACCGUGCAGUCAUAAACACAAUCCCCCAUGACAUUGUCAAGCGAUGGUAUGUGGCUCACAGAGAGUUGACCACAGAGCUGAGGAAGCCGGAGAAUGAGUUGUGGGUCAAACUGAAGCCUGGAAAGGUUCUCUUCAUUGAUAACUGGCGUGUCAUGCAUGGCCGGGAGUCCUUCACAGGCCUGCGGCAACUGUGUGGCUGCUACCUGACCAGAGACGACGUCAUGAACACUGCCCGCUCCCUGGGUCUGCAGGCCUGAGUGAAGAGCCACCCUGAGUCUCCAACCCUUCCAGCCAACACCAAAGUCCUUUAGAGAUAAAGCACCAUCACCCAAUCAGUCAUACAUGUUUAAGGUGACCGAAAAGUCUUGUAGAAUCAAAUCGUUUUUCUAUUAUGAGUAUUUACUGAGUGAAAUCAAGUAUUUCCACUGCAUGAAUGCAGUUAUAUAUUGUUAAUGCAGAACUAAAUGCCAUUCCUAAUAUGGGCAUAAAAUAAUUGUACUGUACUUUAGAAAUGUUCUCUACCCAGAAAUAUUUUACAUGUGGAGAUAUUGUUAGACUUGAUGAAGUCAAGAAAAUGGACUGUGAUCUGUUUGGGAUUUAAGAUUUGUAGACAUGCAUUAAGCUCUUGUCACAACAAUCAUAUUUUGAACUGGAACUUAACAUAUUGAGGUGUUUAACUAGAUUUUUGGCUUUGUUUUAGGGAUUUGUUUCUAGUAUUUCUGAAGUACUUUUGCUAGUCAUUUGUUUAUGAAUGUAUUAGGAAAUGUUGCCUUGUUUACAUAAUGAAAUAAAUUGGGUGAUUUUUCAGCACCUUUUCUCCUGAUUUA